AUAAUAUGAUGAUAUGUGGGGUAUAUUUUGUAAUCAGAAAACAAGCAAGAGGAAACUCUUUAUCAGGAGUCUCAUCAGGGAGGUUGCUGGCUUUGCUACCUAUGAGAAGAGGAUUACUGAGCUUUUGAAUGUCGGCAAAGACAAGCGAAGCGAGCUCUCAAAGUUGCCAAGAGAAAGUUGGGAACUCACAAGAGAGCCAAGAGGAAGAGGAAGAGAUGUCUUCUGUCCUCUGAAAGAUGAGAUCUCCUUCUUCUUCUUCUUUACAUAACAGAACAAAUCAUUAAAGAAGUGAUGCGAUGACGUUUAUCAAUGAAGUUUAAUUUCCUAG